GAUCUAGCAAAACCAGAACACAAGUCAAGAGAAUCAUCAUUGUUACUUUCACAGGAAUAAAUGUUCGUCUUCGGUCAGAGCAACACAAUGUCAGCACAACAACUCAGCUCAUCCUCUGCAUUAAGGAUCUCAUCAUGUUCGGAAUUACGGCACCCGUCCUCGUCCUGUGCAGCGUCCUGACCUCUGCACUCUGCUGUGAUUGGCUCAGCCACUACAACGACCUGAGGAACAGCUCUCUGGUUCUGAUCGACUCAAUGGGAGGUCCGUUCACCACCACGACUCGUCUGCGAAUCCCCGACAAGCUGUACAAGGAGCUGAUGAGGAGAGAGGAGAACUUCCAGCUGCGCUUCAUCAGAGACAGUAUGGAGCAGAUUUACAAUCUGUAUCGCCAUGGCAACACGUCGGCGGCUGGCUGGGACGCCGGAAAGACAAACAACUUCCUGGAGAGCAUCAACAGGCAGAUUGUGGAGCUCAAUGAGUGUGUAGAGUCAACACACAACGAGAAAACAAGCAAACAUUAUGAGAAGCGACUGAAGAACUACUACCAAAAUCUGAGGAAACACACUCUUGGCAGCGGAGACGACUGGGAGAUGCUCAGGAAGGCGACCAAACAGAACCUGAUUCGACUGGAGAUGCUGGGGAACCGGAUCAAAGCCAACAGGGGGCAGCAUUGAGCGAUUUAACAUUUCCACCACUGAA